GGGCGUAGAGUGGAUUAGGCAUUCAUACUCUCACUGCUUUCUUCUUCUUCUUCUUCUUCUUUCCUACAGAGAGAGAGAGAGAGAGCUCUAACAAUGGCUACUUGCGCCACUCACUCGUCUCUCAUGCUAGCAUACGCCGCCGCAUCCACUCGUUCUCAGGACCUUACCCCUACUCCAUCUCUUUUCUCUUUUGCCAGCCCCAGACCCAACAACUUAAGCGUCCCGCUUCUUCUCCUCGGGGGUUCCAGGGAGAGAAGAUGUGCUGCUAUUGAGAGAGCUUCUAAUCGAUAUUUCCAGGUCGUUGUCUCCGCCGUGGCCGCAGAGGCUGACCUCGACACGGAGGAGGACGCGGAGCAGACCGCCACCGCCACCGCCGUCCUUGACCCGCCCAAGCCUAAGAAAGGAAAAGCAGCUUUGGUUCUUAAGAGAGAUAGAACAAGGUCUAAGAGGUUUUUGGAAAUCCAAAAGCUGAGGGAAACCAAAAAGGAGUAUGACGUGACGGCUGCUAUAUCUUUGCUUAAGCAAACCGCCAACACAAGGUUCGUGGAGUCGGUUGAAGCCCAUUUCCGUCUCAACAUCGAUCCAAAGUACAACGAUCAGCAGCUGCGUGCAACGGUGAGCCUGCCUAAGGGAACUGGCCAGACUGUUAUAGUGGCUGUUCUUGCACAAGGUGAGAAGGUCGAUGAAGCCAAAAAUGCAGGGGCAGAUAUUGUGGGCAGUGAUGAUCUAAUCGAACAAAUUAAAGGUGGUUUCAUGGAGUUUGACAAGUUGAUUGCAUCCCCAGAUAUGAUGGUCAAGGUUGCUGGCUUGGGAAAGAUUCUUGGCCCUAGGGGACUCAUGCCAAACCCCAAGGCUGGUACGGUCACAGCCAACAUUCCCCAGGCUAUAGAAGAGUUCAAGAAGGGUAAAGUAGAAUUCAGAGCAGAUAAAACUGGGAUUGUUCACAUCCCCUUUGGGAAAGUUAAUUUUACAGAGGAAGACCUACUCAUUAACUUCCUUGCAGCAGUGAAAUCAGUGGAGACAAACAAGCCAAAGGGAGCAAAAGGAGUUUACUGGAAAAGCGCGCACAUAUGCUCGUCAAUGGGGCCAUCCAUCAAGUUGAACAUAAGGGAGAUGAUAGACUUCAAACCUCCAGCUGCCAACUAACCAGCAACCACAUUUGUGUAAAUUGGGAACUUUGGGGAGAUAGGCAAUGCUGAGUGUUGACGAGAGGAGUCUAGUCUGUUAGUUAUCUUUCACACCUCGCUGGUUUGUAUUAAUAUGAUGGCCAUUUGCUUCUCGUCGUUAUAUAUAUACUUUUGCUAUAAUGCUAUUGAAACAAAUGGCAAGGGCUAUACAUGUCGGA